AUGGGAGGGCUCACGCACGAGAUAACGGUGCGGGAGCUGCUCGAGGGUAAACACUUCUCGCCGGCCGUUACCAUCGAGUUCAUAUCAAAGCCGCUCAAGUGGUUCGGGAUUCAGAUGCCGGACACCCAUAUGCCGGGCAAUAAGUUUGGUCUUCUUAACGCGGUUAAGGAGUCCCGGGAGGGCCCGCACGUGUGCGAGACCGGCGUGGGCGACUCGACCUUUCUCAAAUUUGUCACCUUUCAAGGGCGCACGUCGUACAACAUGUAUGACGACCCGAAGUGUACGGUUGUCAACGCCAGCGAUGGUCGACAGUUGGGUCCAUACAAGUUAACUAAGGAUACGGUAAUAUGGGUGCCCAUCGGCGACUUGUGCAGAAACUUUUACAUCGCCUAUAAGGAGCACUCGAGUGUGUGGGGUAUACCCACGUGGCGGUACACCCUUCCGCCCUCCAUGUUUGCGUCGCCCAAAAAAAAUCCCGCCAACACGUGCUACUGUCAAACACCGGAUGACCCGGACAUGUGCGACGGUAUAUACGAAAUAGGACCCUGCGUCUACAAUCUCGGUAUACCCAUAUCGCUAUCGUAUCCACAUUUCCUGUACGCCAGCGAUAAGAUACGUACGAUGGUUGACGGCAUGUACCCCGAUGUGGACCUCCACGAGACCCAAAUUGAUUUUGAGCCGACAGCGGGUGCGCCACUGAGAGUGAGGGCUGGCGUUCAGGUGAACGUUAAACUCGAGCCGUCGGCAUAUGUCGUGUAA